AUGGGUGAGGUAGCAGAUACAAUGACGAAGAAGAAGAAGAAAGGGAGGCCAUCUCUUCUAGACCUCCAGAAGCGAGCUAUCAAGCAGCAGCAAUUACAGCAGCAGCACAAAAGCCAUGAUGAACCCGUCGAGGACCAUAGAUCCGGUUCCAAAAACCCUAAUUCUCUCAAUCAACCUCCCAACUCCGGCAGCCGAUCCAAGCGCCGGAACCCUAAUCCCAACGGCGUCUCCUCCGAUUCCCCCUGGAUCAAGGACGACGAGGAUGGGGAAGAGGAGGACGACGACGAGCGGCGUGAGAAGAAGCACAGGCUCCUUCACGGAUUAAACGCCCACUCACAUCGACAUUCUCCCAAUUCCCAAUCGGGCGGUUCCGAUCUGAACCUCGACGACACUCCCGAGGCGUCCGCCAAUAGGCGGAAGAUCGGCGGCGGCGUCCCCGGAUCUGACUAUACGGGAGAAAAGGCUUCGAAAGCGACAGACAUUCUUCAAGGGUCUCCCGUGGAGUCUGGCCCCACUACACCUUUGCCAGACAAAAAGUUGUUGGUGUUCAUCCUCGAUAGACUUCAAAAGAAGGAUACUUAUGGUGUUUACUCAGAUCCGGUUGAUGCUGAGGAGCUUCCUGAUUAUUUUGAUAUAAUCACGAACCCGAUGGAUUUUAGCACAGUGCGGAAGAAAUUAGACUCUGGCGCGUAUGCCACUUUAGAACAGUUUGAGGGAGAUGUGUUUUUAAUAUGUUCAAAUGCAAUGGAAUACAAUUCCGCAGACACUGUAUAUUAUCGACAGGCACGAGCUAUACAAGAAUUGGCAAAAAAGGACUUCGAGAAUCUAAGGCAAGACAGUGAUGAUGAAGAACCACAAAGCCAACAGCAACAGCAGCAGCAACAACAACAGCAGCAGCAACCAAAAGUUGCCAAAAGAGGCCGUCCACCAAAGAAACAGCCUGAACCAUCUUCGAUUGACCGUACUGCUUCCGAAAUUUCAGCUGAUGCGCUCAUUCCUGGAGGAGAUAGCGCUAGUAAGUUUUCCGGUGCUUACAAUCUAAGAAAGGCUCCUCCUUCGAACAAAUUCCGUCAAGCGGAAACAUCGGUCAGGAUCAAUCAUAACAGUGAUACACAAAGUGGCUGGUCGAUAGAUUGGGAGAACGAGUUUCCACCUUCGGUUGUGAAGGCGGUCAACAAGUAUGGCAUGAAACAUUUUAACGUCGAUGAUAACAGACGCGAUACCUACAACCACCUCUCCGCUUCUACUCAGGAGCCGUCGGUUUUGUCAACGCUCGAAGAAGAGUCAAAACAACUAAUCCCUGUUGGGCUUAACACUGAGUAUGGUUACGCGAGGAGUCUAGCAAGAUUCGCUGCGAACAUCGGUCCUGUUGCUUGGAAAGUUGCAUCGAGGAGAAUCGAAACAGUGUUGCCCCCUGGUAUCAAAUUUGGUCAAGGUUGGGUUGGAGAUAACCCAGCAGGACCUGAAGAGGAUGAUCCUCAGAAAAACAGCUUGGGGAAACAGAAGUGUUCUAAUGACUUAGCGUCUGAUGAUCAUUCAAACAGAAUCCUGUCUCCAACGGCUUCGGUCUCUAGCGCUUUCAUAGGGAACAGACAUUCUUCUUCUCAAGGCAUUGAAGAGACCACACCAUUACCCGCUCGUGUCUUGAAUCCAGAAGCCGAGCACCCAUCAUCCUCCUCCUCUCGCCAGUCAGUACCGCCGAUCAAGCUGGAGAGCAGCAAUGGUCUAAACCGCGGUUUCAGUGGUUUCAGUCAUAGUCCAAGUCCGUUGCUCGGAAUGGCGAGACAGCAACAACCAAGUAUUACAAGCGAGGCCAUACCGGGCUCGCAGCAACAACAAGGGUUGUUGUUUCCUUAUAACAAACAGGAAUUCCACCGGUUUCCACCGGACCUUAACGCUAGGCUUGUGUCACCAAACUCUCCCGGCUCUAAUCAGCAGACUGGUUCGUCCUCGUCGCAGCAUCCGGAUCUGGCAUUACAGCUCUGA